AUGAGCUCCGACGAGGAUGCGCAGCCUGGCCGGGGCAAGAUCCUGCAACGCCAGAAGAGGGAGAUCAAGGCUUUGCAGGAGCAGAAAAGAAUAGAAGCAGGAAAGCUGAUAAGCUUUGCAAAGGCAAAGCGGGAGAACAAGAAAAUCGAAGCAAGGCAGGAGAAGAGGGACCUGGACGAAAAGUUCCGGGUGCUGGAAGAGGAGUUGAAGGCAAAACACGCGGCAGAGCUUGAGAAUUUUGAGAGUCCUGAUAGCCCUGUCAGCGAGGCCCAGACGGUAAAUCCGGAAGGGUUCCUGGAGGUGGAGGAAGGCACGAGGAAAUCCAGAUUGCAGAAGAAGAAGGACCUACUCGCUGAGAUUGAGAAGGAGUUGCGCGAGGGCUGA